CAACUUUCCAAGGUGGCCGCAUCAAUGGCCGCGUGAGAGGUCCCUUAUAUGCGGCCAAGUUCCAUUUUGCUCCAGCACGGCGCCUACUGCACUGCCCUGCUGCCUAAUGAUCGUGUCUGACGUGGCUCCACCCACUGUCCAAGGCUUACAACUCGCCAGAGCAUAUAUUCCGACAUCGACGUCAAUCAGAGGCUCAGCAGCGGCCUCUCACGACACCAUGGUCAUCUACAAACAACUACAACGAGAAAGCUCUGAAAUCAGGCUUGUCCGCUUUAUUGAACCCGCUGAACCAGCCGCGCCCAUUCAACUUGAGCUCUGCUGUACCUCCCUGAAUGACGCCCACUACUCAGCCCUAUCGUACGUCUGGGGGGAUGUCACAACUACAAUUCAGAUCUCCAUCGAUGGCAAUCCUUUCGACAUCGGCACCAACUUAUAUGAUGCCCUAAAGCAACUCCGUGACAACGGGUUCCGGUCCUGGCUUUGGGUUGACUCUAUUUGCAUCCAACAGUCAGACCCGGAAGAGAAGACCUGGCAAGUAGGCCAGAUGCGCGCCAUCUUCAGCGGCGCUGACCACGUAUACGUUUGGCUUGGGCAGGCUUCUGACAAGAGCGAUGAAGUCAUCGACUUUAUAUCCCGCAUUGGUCCCCGGGCGUUGGCAGUCGGUACUCUGGACUGGUACCCAUACCCUGGGGAGAGGAAAAAGGUCACCGAAUAUGUUAGGGCUCGUUUAAGUUCGCAGCAAAUGGAUGCAGUUGACGAUGUGCCUGGGUCGGAUCUGGCUCGAUUCUUCUUCGAUUUAAUCCACGAGCCUGACCUUCAAUGGACGACAUACGACAAACCACGAUCGAGAUUCACAAAGGGGAGCCUGAGCCGUGGGAUUGAGAGUCUCAUGCAGCGUGAUUAUUGGCAUCGCAUCUGGAUCGUUCAAGAAAUAUCCGUUGCAAAAGUUGUGACGAUUAUGUGCGGCGCUAAGAGUGUACCACUCGACAUGUUAGACGCCACCUUCAAAGCAGUGUCGCAUUGCGCGGGGUCGGAGUGGCAGAGGCUCAGCCCAGAGACUGAAACCUUUGGGCGGCUGUUAUCGGGAGUCUUUUUCAAGAAUAUUCCUCUUCCGACGCGCCGUCUAUAUCGCCGCCAAAAGGAGGUGCCGCUUGCUAGCAUUCUCUUUCAACGAAGCGCCGCCCCAGAUCGCCCGUUCUACUCUGCUACAGACCCAAGAGAUCUCCUUUUUGGGCUCCUAGGUGUGAUUACAGAUGGAGAAAAACUGGGAUUGCGCAUAGACUACAAUCUGAGCUUCAUCGAAGUCUUCACCGCCAUCACAAGGGCGCUGGUUUACGACGGAGAUGAGUGCCGCGGACCGUUUCAUCUAGAUCUAUUCGUUCCGAGGCAUAAGAAUCCAGACAACCUACCAAGCUGGGUCCCUGAUUGGCGAGCUAUCGGACAGUAUGGUUUCCGUGUGUACCCCGUCAACUACAGCACUCCUUUCAACGCCACAAAGGGCAUACAACUGCCUUCACGCCCUCUAUGCUGCAGUAAUGACGAAAAGCCCGGUGUUCUUCGUCGCCCCGGGUGCCGCGUUGAUGUUAUCACGGAGGUCAUGGAGCCACCUCGGUGGAUCAAAUAUAACGAAUAUUACGCGUCAUACAUAGAAAAUGCCGAAGCUUGGCUCUCGUCUAUCGUUAAAUUUGCCAAGCUUGGGCCCGACGCAAGUCCAGGAGAGAACUAUGUGUGGCGAACCAUAUUGCUCGAUCGAGUUGACGGUGGCAAUGGCCACAUGAAACGCCGGUGGAAAUUCUCUGAUGGAGAGGUUGCGUCCCUAAUCUGCAAGAUCAUGCGCCAAGAAGCCAUUGAUGCUCAACUCUUGACCAGCGAUCAAGAACAAUUCGUCCGCGACGCAAUGGAUCGGAAGUCGGAUCCCGCUGCUCUUGAUGACAAGCUCGCGGAACUCAAAAGGGAGUGGCCAAAGUCAAUAGGAGCUAUGACUCGCGAGAGGACCCUAUUCAAGACUACGAAGAGUAUGUUUGGCCUGGGGCAUGUGGCUGUACGGGCUGGCGAUGUUGUGACCCUGCUCUGGGGACUAAAGUCGCCCAUUAUCUUGCGGCCACGGGACGAGAGUGAAGGGGGUGGCUACACGUUCGUGGGAGAUGCAUAUGUUGACGGGAUCAUGUAUGGAGAGUUCCUUGAGACUUUGCCAGCACAUGAGGAUUUUGAGAUUUAUUGAUCAUCGCGUUUACAUCGGGCUCUAUUGUUUUUCAAACAGUGUGAAUAUAAUGACAGUGUGAAUAUAAUGCCAUUGUGCGACUGGACUGGUACAUACGACCAUAGCUCUUAGAAAAUAC